GUGCACUCAAAGCAUGGCGCCAUUAUCCCCCAAUGAGACGGUGAUAGCUUCCGAUCAACACAGAUCUCUGACACGGAUGGGUGAAAUAGACGCGAAGAAGGCAGCAAAUCACGAUUGACUUAUACUGGUGCUAAAUCAGGCCUGUGCGGAAUGUUUCCAAUCCCUCUACACCCCCUUGAACAACUGCCUCAGGUGGAUAUUUGAUUGCCAAAACAGUUGCGGUGUGCUCUGAUCGGUGCGGAAUGUCGAUUUCGAGAAACAAUUUCUUUUCUGGGAGAGCCUGUUGCUGGACAGCCUGUCGCUAAAAGCAUUGCGUGCAUCACAUGGAAGUCAAGCAUCAAGCCAACACAUGUUGAGCUGCAAUCGAGCACAGCCAACAGCUGCAAAAGCCUUCGAGUGAGUAAUGCAAGGGGGCCAGGUGGUUGUUUCCAAUGAGGAAUGUUCAGCUUUCAAUGUUCUUCAUCAAACAUCCUUAGGGGAGCUGGAUGAUGGGGCUGUAGCCAGUCAACACUCCCUGGAGUCGCUGUUCAUUUACCAGCACACCGCUAACACAGAGAGGCUCCGGAGCCUGCACAUACACUUUGUAGAUGGUGCACUGCAAGCACUUCUUCAAGACCUUUUGCUGUCUCCUGGGGGCUACUGCCUUCUGCGUGGGCCAGAAAAAAAGUUUCUAGCAAGUCAGAGUGAGGCUACUCUGUACGUGACGCUGCAAAGCAGGACUUUUCUCUGCCAGGGCUGGCGGUCCCUCCUGGAUUUCUCAGUUAACCUGCAACUGCCUCCACCUUUGUGCCCCUUGCUAUCCCCAACCAAAAACCCCCUCUUGCCAGCGCUUGCUACCCUGUAUCCUGACCUGUGCUUUGUGGAGGCAGUAAUAGCAAAGGCCCAGCAGGAGGGGCUGGUGAGCAUCGCGCCAGGCAUGUCUGAGGCUGCCUCUACCUCCGGAAGGAACUCCGGCCACCCCCCCGCCACCCCGGCCUCUCAAAGCUUCCCCACGUGCCGCGGCUUCAAAGUCCCACCUCUUGACAUUCCCAUCACUGAGCCUGAAGCGUUCUCUCUACGGGGCGGACAUGCCUUCCAACUCUCUAAGAACACAUGGGGCGAUGCUCCCCCCCCGAAAAGAAGCUUGCUGUCUGGCGCUUUCUUGCCAGAGAUAUCAAGGAGUGGUGGGGGGGAAAGCAGUGGAUGGGAGCAGUCCAUCUUGUCCGCGCUCACCCAAGCAGCAGCCUCUUGCGUUAGCUCCCCUCCAAACCCUAGCCCCGCCCUUUCACUGGAAACCCCAUCCCCGCAGUUUGAGAUGCCCCACAACACGGGGGGUCUGUUCACCAGCGGCUUGCCUCACAGCACAGUCAACCUUCCUUCCCCCUCUCAAGGGUUUUCCAUACCCCACCCCCCCUCUGCCCUGUCUCUUGGCGAGACCUGCCCUAAACCCCCAAAACCUUCCGUUGCACGAAGCCUAAGAAACUCCGCCGGAAUCGCUGUCCCCGCUUCUUACCAGUCCGAGCCCCACGGCCAAGCUUCGAGGGAUCCCCCUGCGCUGUCCCUGCCGCCAGCCCCCUUAUCUCAUUCCCUGUUCCAGGGGGCUGCGAAGCUGUCCCUCUCGUACCCCCCACCUGGAGUUUCCGCCGCCGAGCAACUCUCUGCCUGGUCGUCACGUGGCGCGACCUCGUCCGAGAAUACGGCCAUGCUGACGUCAGGGGCUUGCACGCCGCAGCCCGCGCGCUGGCCGACGCGCGAGUUUGCGUCGUUGGUGUCAAAAUGGUCGGCUGCCACGAGCCCUUUGGAGAGCACACACCUGGAGAGGGUCAACCAUAACCCGGGGCAGAUCGACGUUGACCCUGACACGAAGUUCGCCACUUCGGAGGGAUACCCGUCGCUUGAGCGCAGUCAAGCAUUUGCCGCGGUCAAUUCUCCAUAUGACAUAAAAGCAGCCCUCCCAACUUCAGUCCAAAAUCUCCCCAGUUCUGGCCCCCUAACCUGGGGAGCGCUUAGUCAACUCGUCAACUCUCUGGCAAGCCCCAUCAACCAGGUAUCUAACCCGCUUGCCACAAACAGUGUCCGAACCGGGGAGCCCCUGCCUACUCUUCCCGCUUCCUUCCCCCAAACCCUGCCCGGGUUAGCCAUACCCGCCACACCAACCCCGUUCGGUUUGCCUGACCCCAUCGGCACCGCAUUUGCCGCACUCGAGCAGGGCCUCGUGCGGCGCAGCGCGGGAGACGUCAGCCGAGGUUUGGCUGACGGUAGCCCGACGUCAUCCUCCACUAGCAGCAUGGACGAGCUACGGGCUGCCUUGUCGUUAGGACCGUCCGUGAGCGCGGGGUUAUCGCCCGGAACCGGGUUUGGUUCGGAGAACGGGUCCAGCAAGAGCGAGCGCAUCCGGCAGCUGAGCCGCGACGAGAUCGCCAGGCAUUUCGACAUGCCCAUCUCGGAGGCCAGCAAACGGCUGGGCGUCGGCCUCACGGUGCUGAAGAAGCGGUGCCGUGACAUGGGCAUCCACCGGUGGCCGCACCGCAAGCUCAAGAGCAUGAACGCGCUCAUCCAGACCGUACAACAACUGGGGGCCAAGGACAACGGCGGGCCGGAGCAGCAGAUUGGCAGUGCGAUCCAACGGCUGGAGGCGGAGCGGAACAGCAUCGAGGCGGCGCCGUCGGUGAAACUGACGCAUGAAACGCGCAAGUUCCGGCAGGCCUGCUUCAAGGCCAAAUACAAACUGCGCAACCUAGCGGCAGCGCGCGCAAAGCCCUAGCGCGCUGGGAAGGCCGUUUCUUCGGGGCGUGACAGGAGAUGUGGCUUCCAAACGAGAUCGAGUGCUGGUGGACGUACAUAUUUUUAGUGACUGCUGUACCAAGUAGAGCACCUACUGCAGUUCGAGCAUCAUGUUAGCCCCGUCCCAGCUAACCCACGACGCGAUAUGAAAGGAAACCAGCAGGGGGUCACGGUGAUUUCGCAGGUCCCCAAUGGGCACACCUUGCAUGUACCGAGCCUCAUAUGAGCCCGUAUCUGCGGCUGCAGAUGCGCAAGAUUAGCGAGCGGCUUCUGUUUCUCAAAAACUAGUGUUUUUCGGGUUUUUGGUCCGUCAGUUCGUCGUGUGGUAAACUAGUGCAGGACCGUCUAUCACGUGCACGCAGCCUCGCUGGAACGAGCAUCAAAGGAACAGAGUUGAAAGCCGAGCGGGCUGCAUAAGCUAUAUCCAUCAGGUGCACAACGCCGCAGAAUUGAGCUAGGUGAUAUGUAUAUUACAGCUUCUCAAUUGCUUUGUAUACUCAGAUCAUGAAACACAUUGAAAUAAAGUUACAGUUGGCCGGUAUUCAAACUCUUCAAAGCCAGCCUCUUUGAAAAAACUUGGAAGGCGCAUAUGCAGCUUAGUUGUGAUUAAUUUAAGCACAGAUGUAAAGUCAGGGUCAAGUCGAAUAACACAAGAGUUUUAGAAACAAUUGUGUUUGGCUGGAAAGGGGAUGGUCACUUAAUAAUGACUCAAAAACCAUUAAGUUGCGAUGCGGAUUGAGUGUGCUUGAGUAUCAGGAGCGGUAC